AUGGAGUGGGAUCCAAGCCGAUUCUUCCGUCCUUCAGGGAGUCCUUCACCUUACGCUCUUCUCAUCCUCAAUCAGCCAAUCAAUGAGAAAGCUUUUGGAGUGUUGAGCAGAUAUGCAUCUUAUAUUAUUUGCGCCGAUGGAGGCGCCAAUCGCCUUUUUGAUAUGCCACAAGUUAAUGAAGAAUCUAAACUUCCUGACUCCAUUGUCGGCGACCUUGAUUCUAUCCGCCCCGCAGUGCGAGAACAUUAUGAGAAACUAGGAGUGUGCGUCCUCCAAGAUUCAGACCAAUACUCAACAGACUUCACAAAGUGUCUGAAAUAUCUCAACGCACAUGCGGCAGAGAUCAUAGCUUCCCCCCGAAAAGGAAAACCAACCAAUGACACAAAUGGAAGCACAUCAACCUCACCAUCAGACCAAUCACCUCUGGAAAUUGUAAUCCUCGGCGGUCUAGGCGGCCGUGUGGAUCAAGCCUUCUCGCAAGUCCACCAUCUGUACAUGAUGACACAGACGCAACGCUCAAUCCGUGAAAAAGAACCCUCAAGCCCUGACGCCAAUGCAGCUGCAGGCGGUAAUCUCUAUCUCGUCUCUGAGGAAAGCAUUACCUUCAUUAUCCAAACGGGGAAGAAUACAAUCUACACGCCCGGAACAAGACGAGCAGACAUCGCAGCAUCGUCUGAUGUAAGCGAGUCAUCGAGAAAACGGAAGCGUGAGGAAGAGCAGAAAAAACCAGAAUACUUCUUUGAAGAAAAUAUCGGUAUCAUCCCCCUCUCGGCACCUGCCAAGAUCACAACUCAUGGCUUUGAAUGGGAUGUGGAGGAUUGGCAUACCGAGCUUGGAGGACAGUUAUCCACGAGCAAUCAUAUCCGCGCUGAGAAGGUGGAGGUUGAGACCUCUGUGCCAGUUUUGUUCACAAUCGAGUUGGCGGAAAGGUUGAAGAGGUGA